AUGCAAGAACAAUGCAUUGCAGAAUUGAAGGAAGGUGUGGUGUGGGAUGAUCUGCAUGUAUUGGCACACAAAGUUGCGAUUGAUGGUCUCCUAGCCCUUGGGAUCUUGAAAGGGGACAAGGAUGAGAUUCUGAGAGAAAGAGUCAGCACUGCUUGCAUGCCCCACGGACUGGGCCAUUUUCUGGGCAUGGACACACAUGAUACCGGAGGUCAAUGCGACAUGACUGAUAACAAUCUCGAUCCCAUGUUCAAGUACUUGAGAGUCAGAAGACUUCUACCUGCGGGAUGCAUUGUCACGGUGGAACCAAGCAUACGCUUUAACGAACAUGUGAUUCGGCCUCUUCCCCGUGAUAAAAGACUCUCAAAAUUCAUUGAAGAAAAGGUAUUGAACCAAAGUUGGGAUGUUGGGGGCGUAAGUAUCGAAGAUGACCUUCUAGCCACGGAGUCUGGCAGCAUGAACUUAACAGAUGUACCCAAAGAUGGAGAGAAUCUUGUCAGGAGUGGCUGCAGACUCGUGACCAGCCUUUGCCACUUAGCUUCGAGAUCAAAUGAUCUAAUCAUUUCAAUCUUAGAACAGACUCAUGUGGAUUCAAGUACUAGUUGA